AGCAGACAGUCUGUGGGAUACGAACCGUUGUGAGACGCCGCCCCUUUGCUGACAUCAGGGCAGCUGACGGCUUUAAGCGCUGGGCAGAGCGAACGCGGGCGGGAGCUGGUGACUAGCCGCCGCUUUCCGAGCCCAUGGAUCGCCUGGCCGGGGCAGGGGGAACAGUGAGCCCAAGGCGGAACAUGCUGGCGCUGGCGGCGGGGCUGGGGCUCGCCGCCGGCCUGGGGCUGGGAGCCCUCGGGGUCAGGCGGCUGUGGCAAACCUUCCGUGCAAGUCGAGUGGAGCCCCAACUGGUCAAAGUGGCCGAAGUAUCCAGACUUUUCAUUUACCCCGUCAAGUCCUGCAAGGGCAUUGCCCUGACCGAGGUGGAGAUUGACGAGUUAGGAUUAAAGAAGGGCCCGUUGAAAGACAGGCAAUGGCUUAUAGUCGAUGAGAAAUGGCAUAUGAUUACUGGUAGGGUAGAGCCUACCUUAGUGCUUGUCACAAUAUCAGAUGAGGAUGGCUACCUGUGUCUUAAUGCACCAGACAUGGAAGAACUGCGGGUCCCUUUCAAACUACCAAAGUCCAAUCCUGUGAAGAUGUGCAGAGUGUGGGGAUGCGAUAUAGAAGGUAGAGAUUGUGGUGAUGAAGCUGCCCGUUGGAUCAGUACCUACUUAAAACAUAGGAAGGCUUUCCGACUCGUGUGCUAUGAACCUUCAAUGAAGCCAAGAUAUCCAAAAGAGAAGGAACCUCUUUUCAGGGACAAAGAUAAGACUGUCUACAAUGAUCUUAGUUCCUGCAUGAUGAUGUCUGAGGCGACUGUUGAAGAUCUUAACACCAAAUUGGAGAGAAAAGUUAAGAUGGAGAAUUUCAGGCCUGUACUGGUAGUGAAGGAUUGCAAGCCAUAUGCAGAGGAUACUUGGAAAAGCAUACAGAUUGGGACUGCAAAGCUGUAUCGUACAAUGUCUUGCACAAGAUGCAUUUUCACAACAGUGGAUCCAGAUACAGGAAUCAUAGACAGGAAGGAACCACUCGAGACUCUCAAGAGGUAUCGUCAGUGUGACCCAUCUGAGAAACACAUUUACAAGUCCGUCCCCAUUUUUGGCUCGCACUAUGGAAUUGACAAACCAGGAGUGAUUCGAGUAGGCGACCCUGUGUAUAUGAUUGUUGAACAGUAGGAGUGCAAUUUGAAAGAGUGCUGUUUCUCCUGUAAAAUGAAUAGGUAAUGCUCCUUUCUUAAAAAAAAUGCAAGACCAAAUUUUAUGAAACAAAUAUUACAAUGUUCCAUUGGCAUGAAGCAUUUAAAUCACCCUUGUAAAAGGUUAACUCAUAUUGUUGGUAUAUUUUUCAUGUAUUUCCUUUUAGUGGCACAUGUUUGUAAGAUUCAUAAGCUGAAGACUUUAAACCAGAUUUUCCAGCUGCACUUUGCCUUACUCGAAUAGGUAAUGCUCCUUUCUUAAAAAAAGACAGACCAAAUUUUAUGAAACAAGUAUUACAAGGUUCCAUUGGCAUGAAGCAUUUAAAUCAGCCUUGUAAAAGGUUAACUCAUAUUAUUGGUAUAUUUUUUCAUGAAAAUAGGUUAUUAGAAAUUCUUUUGGAUAUCAGAACCAUUUUGUGGGCUGCAGAAAGGAAUUUAAUCAAAAACUAAUCUGAAAGUGUGAUCAAGUAUGUGCCACAUACUUAAAAUAAAAUGGUAAAUUUGUUUUGCCAAUGGAUGGACAGAUGUAGGAGCUUCAAAUGACAUGCCAGUCAUGGUUUGACAUUAGAUGAAAUUCAUUUGCGCAUGCAUGACCUGCACACAGCAGAGGCUAUUCGUACAGAAACAGAGUUCACAAGACUGGUGAGGUCUCUUUCUGCACGACCAGCCUCAUGUGAUCCAUGACCCUGGAGUCCAAUACGUGGAUCCCCCUAUAGGUUGAUCCAUUUUCCCCACUCCUGCACCCUUCACAGCAGCUAAACUUUGGACCACCACCAGACAUCCCCAGCUGGAUUGGAUCCCCAACCAUCCCACCAUCACCUCCAUCAGCUGAUAACCUUAAGUGCACUCUCCCUGACUGAUCACAACCAUCCCCCGACACUUAAGGUCCUGUUUUUCUAUUACUCCAGCCCCAUGCCUCUCUCAAUCACAAGCCCCUCCGAGGCCCAUUAUGUUGCAUGUGGUACCUUGGCAAAACAUGUAUUUAUUCCUCCUGACUCCUUCCCCCACCACCUUUAAUCACCAGCUCAAUGUACAUUUUAAGGUUCAGACCAAUUUUUAGGCCACCUUUGUUUCCAUUUGCAUUUUUAAAUACCUUUGUCCAAAAUUAUAACCCAAGUUGGUAACAUUACAGGUGUAUAUAGUAGCUUUGGUGCACUGUACUCUACCUCUGAAGAAAGAGCACAAAAUUACUACAUAGUGUUUUUUGCAAUUGAACUUUCAAGACCACAAAGUGUUAAUGAUCUCAUUGGGGAACUGACUUUAAGAAUUUACCAAGCCCAUUAAAGUGAAAUGACUGAAGUAACCGAUCCAGCCAAUGUCCAGCUUGCCGAACUGCAUUAGGUCAAUGAGUUAUCUCAGCCAAUAUUAACUCCACUCCUUAUCACUGUAACAAUUUGAACUGUUCUCCAACACUUUGCAGUGUACACCAUGUUGCGUGCUUGUGUGUCUGUAUCCAAAACAGCUGAGAAUGAGUUUGAUGGCGGGAGGGACUAACGUUUCCAUAAUUUUAAAAGAAGUGAAAAUAGCCGAUGCAAUGAUUUUGGAUUAUUGUAGGGGAAAAUCAGCAUAAAAAUAGGAAGUUCAACAUAUAUUGAGAUACUUCAUAUAUUAUUAUUGCCAAACUCUCUGAGGCGUGGAAGGAUGGCUGAGAAACAGUAUUUCUGUGAACAAUUUUAGCAGUUGGUUAAAAUGCUGAGCAACCUCCUGGCUCCAGCUGCCUCACAGACCGUUAGAAAUCAACUGCAUGCAGGCUGCUGAUUUUAAGCCUCAUAUUUCUCGCACUGGCUCCUUUGGCGAGUGGCAUGCAGCCACAGCUUAUUAUUUUUUGUCCCCUUUAAAAGAUUUUGCUGAAUUUGUUACCUAAAGAUACCCCUCUAAUGCACAAAGAAACCCAAGCUUCUAAUGAUUUUCACAGAGGGUUCAUGUCUGCUGCUGCAGGUGGUUUACAUAGACUCUGCUCUGAGGCAUUUUUCCCUGAUGGAUAUUGUAUUUUUAAACUGCCAUUCAGUGAUUCCAGCAGUCAGUUAAUUUCAGUAGUUUAUUUCUCCCUGGAGUCAAUGUUGGAUGUACUCACUGACUGUACUCAGGACUAGAUAAACAACUCAUGGGCAGUGGUUAAUUGGGAAAUAAACCACAUUUUUAUGUUACAAUUGCAUAAGCUCCUCAAUCUUCAGUCUCCUGUACCCCUGCUAUUAAUUCCUUCCAGGAUGAGUGCAUUCUUAAUUUUAAUUCCAAGGCCUGUAAAUCAUUUUGUAUAUUUUUUCUGUGCUGUAACUUGGAUCUUGAUUUUGUAUUUUGUCAAGAAAGGUAGGAUUGAAUCAAUGCAUGGUUUUAGAAUUGCUAUUAUAUUUCAUAGUACAAAGCGUUAGCAGAAAUAAAUUUGGGUACUGCAUGACAAAACAGAUAUUUGUCUUAGAAGCAACUGUUCUGUAGUUACAUAGUUUUGGAUAGUGCAGUUUAUUUAUGCUUAGUGUUUAGUAACAUGCCGCCCUGGAUUGGGUAUUACUCUGGUAAGUUAAUAGAUUUGAAAAAGUAUGUUUAGUUUGUGAAGACCUUGCUGUCUCGAGCUCACCCUUUUAAGCUUCCCAUCAAGUUCUAAACCUGUUUAUCAAACCUUGGACAUAUAUCCCUGUUCCUAGAGGAAAUUCAUGAAUCCAUAUUUAAACCUUGCUGGUUCUACCACGAUUCUACCAUCCUUUUACUGAAAAAUAAAGGCCGACAUUUCCCCUUUGGUCCUGAUCCACUAAUGAAAGAUGUAACUUCUUUUUAUUCUAAGUGAUGUCACUAUAGGUAGCAAUGUUUUAUUUGUUUUUCUUACUCAUUGUGAACAUUACACUGAUAUUAUUAAUGUUCUUCCUACCAUAUUUCCCAGAUCAGCUCCAUGCUGUGUAACCUCAAGAAUACUUAAUGGAAAUGUAUUAUUUACUGCUGUAUUCCUCUCAUGGUCCCUCUGUGCUUUUUAGUAAUUUCAUGACAUUCCUCUGUUUUUGCAGUUCUUUCUGUCUUGUUCCUGGAACAUUGCAUUCCUUCAGACUCUGUUCUUCUGAAAUCUUAAUUGUUUUCAUUAACUGUUCUGUCCUCAGUUCAAACUUAAAAUUGGUCUUUGGGUGAAAUUAGUCUUUGAUAGCUGCAGAAAAACAACUCAAAGUAAAAUCAGAUGGCUGUAAAACUAUGUGCCAUUUGAUUCUUCUCUGCUUAGUAUUGUUGCCAAAGACUAUUUUAAUUUCCAACAAGUUUAUGACCACAAACCCCAAAUGUUUCCUAAUUUAACUUUUCUUACUAUUCCCACUUCACCACUCAGGAGCCAAUUCAAUAUUGUUUCUCACUUGCUGGUACCCUCAUUUGGCGUUUUAAGAAAUACAGAUGAAAUUCUUUAAUAAACUCUGUUGUGAACACAUCUUGACCCACUAUGUCCCAGUUUCUGCCAGGCAGAAUAAGAUUCUCCAUGAUUACAAUUAAGACCAUAGAAUUGAUUUGUCUUACGAUUUUCUGUAGCCAUACAAUAGAACCAUAGAACCAUAGAAAACUACAGCACAGAAAACAGGUAGAUUGUUUAACACAAGUAGAUUGUUUAACCGGAAUGAAGUUCCUUUUACAUAUCUUUUACCUGAAAGUCAUCUUUACUUCAGCUAUUCUUAUGACCAUUAUGUGAGAAACUCCAGUGUUCUAAAUUUUGAGCAGUUUUGUCUCAUAAAAGCCAUGAGCAACAGGGUUUAAACUGCAGAAACACAUUUCACACAGGAGAAGGCAUCUUCUGUUCUGGAUUUAAUCACAGUCUUGGGGUGAAGGAAUUCCUAAUCCAUUUAUUCUUUAAACAAAGUAUCCAGCUGCAGACUGCUUCAGGAAAGAGGCUAAAGAAGAAUCAGAACACAAGUUAUCCUGGUCUGUUUUUGUGCAAUUGUUGGUGGUCCAAAUAGAAAUGCGGGAACAUAUCUCCUCUUGGGUUAUGUCACAAAGAAGGCAAACACCACAAUAUUAGUGCUCUCUGGCCAAUGUGCAACCUUGGUUUAAGAGGAUUUGCUAAUUAUAAAUCAAAUUGCAUCUUUGAAUAAUCACCAGUCAUUAUAAAAUUAAUUAAGUUAGCUGGCAUUCUGCACUAAUCUGCAUCUUGAUCCCACAUGACAAAGUCACCCAGUUAUUGUGGUUUAUAUUUAAAAUAACAUAAAUGCAUCCAGCCUAUGAUUUUCUGUCCAUUAAAUGUGGUGGGCUGGAAAUGUAGGCAGGAUAAGCGCAGUACCAGACACCCCAGUUCUAACUGGUAUCUCUUAAUGACUACAUUAAGUCAGGAAUUGAGGGAAUUUUUGUUCUGACAUUUUCUUCCUGUAUUUGUUAAAUUGUAACUAGUUAUUUUCUACAGUCCUAAAAUGACUUAACGUAACCAAACUUCAUAGAUGUCUCAUUCUUUCAGUAUUAGAUCCAGUGUGAAAUACAAAUACUCAGCAAUGUUCUAGCCAAUCACAGAGUUAAUCAAUUUUGUACUCAUCAUUUUCCUCUGCUCAUUAUAUUUAAAUACAGUAUAAACAGGACAAAAUUAACUUCCUAAAUUUAUGAGUGUUUUGAACCCCUAACAUGCCUUUAUGACAGUUCAUAUGUAUGAAAUAUUUUCAAAGCUGGUGUUGUUAAAUUGAUUGAGAAGUUGCUACAUGGAGACAGAAAGCAGUGGGGCAUUGUGGUUAGCAGGGAGUGUUCUGAGAGACAUUACAAAGCUUACCGUUUCAUUAUAUAUUGCAAUGAGAUCUCGCAUGCAUCUCAGCUUCAGCAUACUGCAAUAUAAAAUACAAAUAUAACAUCUCAUCUAAUUUUAUUUUUCUUAUAGAUGCCUAAUUGCUCUAGAUUAUACUAUAAGGUUGCCUAGAGAUCCCUAUCUCAGCAUGCUCCAAUGUAAAACUAUAUACUUUAUCAAGUCCAUUAUAAUUGUGCUGCACUGUAGAACAUUACAGAAUUGCAAUAUUGCAGUGCACAGCUGGAUGUGACUCAUAAUUGAAUUAUAUUUUACUGUAAAUCAAUGUGUAAUCUCUAGACAUAUUAUUUUGAUGUGUGACUGUAUAUUUUGAAAACUUGUUCUACUAUUCUGUAAAACAUAUAGCCAUUAGCUUCAUAUAUUGAAGUUCAGUACUUAAUCAGGUGCCGUCUGUGGCUCAGUUAGUAGCACUCUUACCUCUGAGGUUGAAGGUUAUGGGUUCAAGUCUCACUCCAGAGAACUGAACACAGAAAAAUAUGCUGAUGUGCCAGUGGAGUACGCAGGAAGUGCUGCACUGAAGGAGAUGCUGUCUGUCUGAUGAAAUAUUAAACCCAGGCCCUGUCUGCUUGAUCAUGUGCACAUUAAAAGAUUCCCAUUAUUUUAUUUUGAAACAGGGAAGAGAAAUUAUUCACAGUACUCAACAUUACUAAAACAGAUUAUCUGGUCUAAAUGACUGUUGUUGGUUGGAGCAUGGUAUUUGCAAAUAAACUGUCAUGUUUCUGACAUUACAACAGUGAUCAUACUUCAAAAGUCCUUCAUCGAUAAAAAAUGCUUUGGGAUGUUCUGCAAUGGAUGUGAAAGGCUUAGUUGUAAAUCUGUUUUAGAAUGGUAUUUACUAUUGAUUUUGAGAACUAUGUUAUUAGCUCACCAGCUAUUCAUAUUAAUAUAGUAAUAAUGAAGAUACUAAACAUCAAUAGCAAAGUAUUCUGACAAGAAAGUGAAAGCAUUAUCUGCAAAAGAAAUCUAAAGACUACAAUACCUCUAGCAAAAAUAAGCAUUUUUUAUAUCUUGAGUUUUAAAGCACUGUAGAGGACAUGGAAUAAUGCUGAAACCCUCAUCAGUAAAUAUCAUUUCUACUGUAACUGAACAUGUAUAUCUAGUUUCUUGUGACACUCCUUGGGUCCUAAGAGCUUUUGUUCUGAAAGUUAUACAAGCCUUUAAUAAAUUUCUCAUUUUAAAUAAAAAUUAUUCUGCAUAGCAAAAAAUAUUUUGCUAAUGUCUAUUUUGCUGAUGUGUCUGCUUUCUAUACUUUAAGUGUAAUAGGAUUGGAAAGAAAUAGGUGGCAUUUUUAUGUUGCGUAGGAAAUGAGGAAUAAAAAUCAAAAGCAGAUGAAGUGUGUGGCUCACUGAAAUGAGAGUUUGCAGAUCUAAUCUUUUAAAUAGACAUGAUAAAAACAAGCAACAUUAAAAAAAUUAAAUUUUGUGGGACACAAUGUGAUCAUAAAAGUUACAAUUCUUUUUAUCCAAUCUUACUUCAUAAUAAAAAAACUAACUCCACUAUUUAAUCUUAACUUCACUUUAAGUCUUUUAAUAUUUGUCAAAGUGAAUAAUUGAAUAUAUUAAUAACCUUUAUAGUUUAAAACUUGAUUGCCUCAAAGUCUGCUGUUUUCACUGCUUAGUCUUCCUCAUAAUACAUGACAUUUCCUGUAGUGUUGUAGAGAAAAAGGUUGUAAUGGUGUUUGGACAUGCAUAUUCAUAAUUUUUGCUGAUAAUUUCGGUAAGUUUUUUCUGGAUGAAAGUCACAUGGUUGGUUGGGUAGUGAGAGCAGUAGGUACCUAAUGUCAACAUUUCUGCAAAUAGGUCAGGAUGAUAAUUUUGUAAAAUUACCCAUGCCUGUUGACCAAGUAAAAAAUGUAAACAUCUGCUAAAAAAUAA